CCUAUAUACAACGUAUUUCAUAAUCAUCAUCAUCUGGCCUGUGCUAUUCUGUUGAUCUACUAGGCGCAACACCUGGCAGACAAUAUAUCCGGUCCCCCAUUUCAUCCUUAUUCGCCCUUUAUCACGUCGAGUUCGGCCUAGUGCGACUCAUUCCAAGGAUACAAGUUAUCGACACCAGUUCACAAUAUCCGUCAUCCAUCAACUUCAAAUAGCAACGGGAUCCCCACUUCGGCUGCCUUGCACAAGCAGUAACCUCCCAUCCAAGCUUCUACGACCUCAUACUCGUCGCUGGUCGCAUCUAAUUCUUCAUUCUCCUCCCAACGUUCCCAUACCGUCCUCUCGUCUCCGCAGUCCCUGUAUCAGUCAUUUGUUAACAUUGUGAGCAAGGAUUAGUGGUGCGAACAACUUAAUUGGCGAAGAAGUCAGUUGUGCUACAUUCUACGUAAAGAAAAUUGUGUACAUCGAAUCUGUGAUCUGCGAAGAUCGUAAUCCAGACCUAGAGACAGAGAGCAACAUCCUUUGUUGUAUAGGACACCUUGAAGGAAACGUUUUGACCGGUGUGCGAGGUUUUCGGGGCCUCGUAUAUCUCGAUCCUCGGACAAAGAGCGAGCAGCUACUUCAACGGGAAGCUUUAUAAUAACGAGACAGUUGCGGAUUGUAAUAGACAGAACGUUACAUUAAGAACCUGUGUAGAUUUUUUUUCCCGCACAAUAAGAGAUAUUUUUUGUCCCAUUCACUCCCCCUAUUCUAAAGAAAAGACGAUUCCGCAUCCGUCUUUUGAGAUCAACCGCAGAUCACUUUGCUUCUCUUCUUCAAUUUCUCAUCAAGCGUUAGUCCUCAAUUACUUUGUCACAGCUAUCCUUUCCGACAUAUUCCUUUCAGCAUGUCCGCUCCACCCAGCCCACCAUGCAACCUCGACCCUCCCUUCCGGGGUUACAUCGAGACCACUUUUGACGCGUUACUUGUGUUUGAGGCUGCUAGGCGAGGGAUGAUCCCUCGAGUCACGAGGAGAUUGAUAGAGCGGGAGCGAGCGAUGGUCCAGUCGGGAGCAGUAUUUGUGUUUGACGAGCACGAGAGUGGUAUCAAGCGAUGGACAGAUGGGUUGGUUUGGAGUCCAAGUAGAAUCUUGAACAACUUCCUUGUGUACCGCGAAACCGACAAGCGUUCUGCUAACGCCAAGAAUUCUGGCUCCCCAACCACUCAAACAUCUCCCCAGAACACCUCAUCGGCUCUCAGCAAGUCUGUUGGCUCUACCAGAUCCGAUGCUCAGUCAGAAGUUUCAAGCACCAACAUUGGAUCCGACACUACGAGCGGCAUGGUCGACCCUCCACCUUUGGGACAGGGAGCAUUGGCUAGGCCAAGGAGUGCGAGUGAGGGUGGCGGUUCGAUUGAUCGGUUGAAGGAGAGGCAGCUUGUGGGGAGUUUGACUAACAGCUACAAGUUUAAAGAGAAUGGUUUGGUUAAAAAGACUAUGUCUGUGUCUGUUAAUGGCUUUGCCCAGCACGUUGUUUCGUAUUACGCGAUCGAUGAUGUCAUCUCUGGCAAGCUUCGAACACCUUCAUCCAUCCCAGAACUUGCUUCGCUGGAGAUCAGCCCUGAAUAUUUGCACAAGCAAAACUUCAGGUUUCCUCCGCAAGUAGAGGUUGGUCCUGAUGGCAUCCCCCGAUACAGAGGCGAGCCCGAAGAACCCCAAUCUCCUCAUACCCCCGCCAGCAAUUACUCUUUUCAGACUUUUCAUCAACAGCAGCAACAACCUCCAUCGACAACUAGCGAAUACUACGAAGUCCCUUCUUACAAUGCCGGCUCUAUCCCAGCUCAUCAACAGAUGCACCGCAUUGGAUCCCCCCGCAAUCGACCAAUGAGCGUCCCUAUGCCUAUACCUCUCCCUUCCCCCGCGCAUUCCAUUCAAGGGUCAUCGUACAUGGGCCCCGGCAGCGCCGGAUCAGGGUUCUACGAGUCGCCAUCAGUUAACGGUAUGCACUACGCCCCACCACUUGUUCGACAGAGCUCUUCUAGCAGUGUGACAAGUUCAACGUCGGCGAUCCGUCCUGGUAGCUCAGCUAACCGGCGGUACGCUCCUUAUGGUGGCGGACCAGCGGGCCCGGGAAACAGAGGUUCAACCGGGCCUAUGCAAUAUCAACACGGUCACCAGCGCCGACAAUCUGGAUCUGACUCUCAAGACAGUUCCUACCCUAUUGACGGUAACAACCCAGCUAGCUACGAUGUGAAGCCCAGCAUUGCCCCUUACUAUACCGGUCCUCCUUCUGGGGGAUCUGGUACAUUCACAUUCUAUCCCCCUGAGAAUGCUUCUUCUAUCGAACCGCCGAUGGCAUCACCCACAUAUGCUUCAGCUGGCUACGGCCCCUGGCAGUCUAUGCAUCCUUCGCAAAAUACGCGUUUUAUGCCUGCGCGACAUGAUUAUGCCGCUGGACCGCCUUCUAUCCCUCUCGGUCCUCCUCCACCUGGACAUGGCCACAUGCACGAAGCACCUUCAUCAGCAGGCAGCGGGUCGAGUGAUGGGCAGCAAGGCCAGAGCCAGGAUCAAGGGCAAGGGCAGUCUCAACCUUCUCAAGUUCAUGCGCCUCCACAGUUGAUCCAUUCACAACACCAGCAGCAACAGCAGCACCGAUCAUGGGCUUCUCAGAGUCAUGUCCCGCAUGCACCUGGAUGGGAGCUGAGUGGGACGCCGUCCCCUAGCUAUGGAAUGCCGUCGGCGAUCCACCAGGGGCAUGAAGAUUGGAGGCAAAAUGCCGGAGCUAUCGCCUAAUGUCAUUGGUUAUUGAAGCAAGUCUGGUGGUGGGGGAUGAGAACAGGGUGUAAACCCCUUUUCUGGUUGUUCCGGGAGAUUUUGGGUCAAAGUGUGAUGUGCUUUUCUUUCAAUGAUGUAUGUAACUUUUCGCAAUCACUUUCAAUAUUGUUGCGAUGAUUUUCUUGUGCAAUUACUCUUUCCUUUUCCUCCAUAGGUUCGUUAACUGGGCAAACACCUUUAUUCAUUCCUGUCUCUUGAAACUAGCAUUAUAACUUUUCCGUGCUCUCUUUUUUUCGCGUCCGUCGACACACAUACAUCGGUUUAUAUCGAAGACAAGAUUGAAUAGAAAGAGCUCCCGCGUUUUUUUUACACUGGAGGAGGAAAUCCCUCGGGCUCUUAUUGCCAAUAAAUGUUGACCUUGUGAAAACCAUAAAUUAGCAUGGUGGUAACGUACGAAAUUGUCUCAGUUAUCGGAUGUACUACUGUAAUAUGCACAGUA